CCUCCCAUUGCAACGACAACACGGUUCAAUAGCGGCUUGAUGUUAUAGUGUACAUUGAAAUCCAAAUCAUCAGGCAGUGCUUGUUUGUUUGCUUAUCGCCUCUUCCGCUAUCUCACCUUCUGCAGCCCUGGAAACCCUCCGCGCCCUGUUUGCCCACCGCCAGUACCCAAACCCUCCAGAACCUCGAUCCCUCCAUCAAACGUCCGAGAAGUGGUCCAUCCUAAAGAGAAGACCAUAUCCUUCCUAAGCACAAGGAGACCCUAAAGCCUCAAAUCCCUCUCUGACCGCCCUUGAUCUGCUGCAUGCAUUGUCCUCCACCCUCCAGACCCUCCCUAUCCAGGGCGUCAUGAAUGGAGUUGACUACAAGCGCUUCGUGCGCUACUUCUACGACCCUCCUCCUAAGUACGAUGACAUGUCCGGCACGUCAAUAUGGCUGCUGGGCAAAGAAUACAAACCUAUACCGCCAAAGCCGGUAACAACAACCGACCACGAUGAUGUGGUCGAAGUCGAAUCAUCCGCAGACUCUCACUCCCCUUCAGAUGCCAGUGUGCCUUCCACCACGGCAGGAACGCAGAGCCAGGGUCAGGGCCAGCCUCAACAAUCACAAUCCCAUUUCCAAAAUACAGGCAGCUUCGACGACGCCCAGCACGUUACUGGACAUGACCUACCGUCCCUAUCCAAUGACCCCUUGGACGGCGGCUGGCCCUACGCAUUUCUGGACGACUUCGAAUCUCGAAUCUGGAUGACCUAUCGCUGCAACUUCACUCCCAUUCCUCGCUCGCAAGACGCGUCCUCCACCUCCGGCCUCUCCUUCUCUGUUCGCCUCCGCAAUCUCACUGAGCGAGAAGGGUUCACGAGCGACACCGGUUGGGGCUGCAUGAUCCGCUCCGGCCAGUCCCUCCUCGCCAACGCUCUCAUGAUGCUUCAACUCGGCCGUGACUGGCGACGCCCGUCUCACCAGCAUGUUUCUCCUGACUCGCCGUCACCGUCCCUCUCAACACAGACCGAAGCCUCCAUCCUGUCUUUGUUCGCCGAUUCCCCAUCCGCCCCCUUCUCCAUCCACCGCUUCGUCCAACACGGUGCCUCCGCCUGCGGCAAGCACCCGGGUCAGUGGUUCGGCCCUUCCGCCACUGCAUCCUGCAUCAAAGAACUCUCCGCCGAAUGCGUCGCCGCCGGCCUACGAGUAUACGUCACGCCAUCCGCGUCUGAAGUCUACGAAGACCGUUUUCGCUCUAUCGCGGCUGCAAGUCCUACAGACUCAGCCAUCAAACCCACCCUCAUCCUGCUCGGAAUCAGACUCGGGCUAGAUAGAAUUACGCCUGUGUACCACGAAGCUCUCAAAAGCGCGCUCACCUACCCGCAGUCAAUCGGCAUCGCAGGUGGCCGACCCUCGAGUUCGCACUAUUUCAUCGGCUGCCAGGGCGAUUUGUUCCUGUAUCUCGACCCGCACGAGACGCGCCCUGCCCUGGUCCAUCAUGAUAAAGCAUCAGACUAUACCGAAGAAGAGAUAGCGACAUGCCACACGCGCCGACUCCGAGGGUUAAGAAUCAGCGAGAUGGACCCGAGUAUGCUGAUUGGGUUCCUGAUCAAGGAUGAGGCAGACUGGAAAGACUGGAAACGCAGACUCAGUGAAGUCAAAGGGAAGGCGAUUGUGAGUGUGUUUGACAAGGAGCCGCCUGUGCCUGGGGAGACGAAGGAACGGAAGGAAGCUGUGGAUGAGGUUGAGACGUUCGAUGAUGAGGAUGAGGAUCGAGACGACGAUGAGACUGUGACGGUUACUGGGAAGGAUGCAGAAAUUGAGAACACAGGGCCAGGGGAAGGUCCCAAUGAGAAUAACGUUGGAGGAAAAGUGGAAGAUGACGGAGUCAAGGUGGAUUUUCACACAAUUCAGGACAAUGCUCCUGUGCGCGUUGCUUGAAACGAUUGCAAAUGAUAUGUUCUAGUGAUGACUGUAUGCUCGGGCGUUGUGGAUGGGUUUUGCAGUACUCUGGUAUACAAUAAAUGCGACAGUACAGUCUCGGUUCUGGAUCUCUGC